CAUGUUUUCUGCAAAUUCAAUUUGGAUUCGAGAAUGAAUACUCUACCCUAGGUCCCACCGUAAGCUUUUCUGCAUAUUUGUUCUAGCACCUUCUUCGUUCACCUCUUUUCCGUCGCAACAUAACGCUACGCUGCAAUAAUUCGCCGCUGCAGAGUUGUCGAAGUUCAAUCUCACUUAACAUUAACCUGAAUCUCUUUCGCCUUGCCUCUGAGUUCAUUGUCUUUCUUCCAAAAUGGCGACGGUGAUGCAGAAAAUCAAAGAUAUCGAAGACGAGAUGGCAAGGACCCAAAAAAACAAGGCUACUGCUCAUCAUUUGGGCUUGCUGAAGGCUAAACUUGCAAAGCUGCGGAGGGAACUCCUUACACCUACAUCAAAAGGAGGUGGAGGUGCUGGUGAAGGUUUUGAUGUCACUAAAAGUGGGGAUUCAAGAGUUGGUCUUGUGGGCUUCCCUUCAGUUGGCAAAUCUACUCUACUAAAUAAGUUGACUGGGACAUUUUCUGAGGUUGCUUCCUAUGAGUUUACUACCUUAACUUGCAUCCCAGGUGUGAUCACAUAUCGUGGAGCUAAAAUCCAGUUGUUGGAUCUCCCUGGAAUUAUUGAGGGUGCUAAGGAUGGAAAGGGUAGAGGAAGGCAGGUUAUUAGUACUGCAAGGACAUGUAAUUGCAUUUUAAUAGUCCUUGAUGCAAUAAAGCCAAUAACUCACAAGCGUCUUAUAGAGAAAGAGCUAGAGGGAUUUGGUAUAAGGUUAAACAAAGAGCCACCAAAUCUCACUUUUAGGAAGAAAGAUAAAGGUGGAAUCAAUCUCACCUCAACUGCCACCACAACGCAUUUGGAUCUUGACACUGUGAAGGCUAUAUGUAGUGAGUACCGAAUUCACAAUGCAGAUAUUACUCUAAGGUAUGAUGCCACUGCAGAUGACCUUAUUGAUGUCAUUGAGGGCAGUAGAGUAUAUAUGCCUUGUAUCUAUGUUGUGAACAAGAUUGAUCAGAUCACACUCGAGGAACUGGAGAUCUUGGAUAAGCUACCACAUUACUGCCCAAUUAGCGCACACCUGGAAUGGAACCUUGAUGGUCUUCUGGAUAAAAUUUGGGAAUAUCUCAGCUUAACUCGUAUCUAUACUAAACCUAAAGGGAUGAAUCCUGACUACGAAGACCCUGUAAUAUUAUCCUCUAAGAGGAGGACAGUUGAGGACUUCUGCAAUCGCAUUCACAAGGACAUGCUUAAACAGUUUAAGUAUGCUUUGGUCUGGGGUUCAAGUGCGAAACACAAGCCUCAAAGAGUGGGCAAGGAGCAUGAACUUGAAGACGAAGACGUGGUUCAGAUUAUCAAGAAAGUAUAAUUUGUUAUAAUCGGAAUCAAUCAAAGAUGAUAUUUUCUGAAAAUGGAUCAGAAUGCCUGCACUAUCGUUAGAUUAUUAGAGGAUGUUCUGUGCAGAAUCGAAGAUCCCUUCGUGAGACUUUCUACAGGAUAGUUAGAUUACCCUCCAAUUACUUGUCUUUUUUAAGUUGGGGGUGAGGUAGAAUUUAUUAAAGUUUGAUGAGUCGUUAAACCAUUAGUUCUUUGCCGUUUGUCACGCAAGUUUUGGAAAUGAAGUGUCUUGUGGGAUUAUCCAUCCGUGUCUAAAGUUGAAUAAUUUGGCGUGUACUUGUAAACAUUGAUAGGAUUUGUUCGGUGGAUAUAUAUUAUUCUGGUGUACAUGCUGCUGGACAUUUAUAACAAAAUGAUGGCAUGAGUUUGAUACAGCAUUUA